GGUCUGACAAGUAUUCAUUGUGGGUUUAAUGUAAUGUAAGUGCGUGGCACUGACAAUGUUGGUGGCGGUUACUUCUUAAAGUCAGCUGUUCUAUCUAAAUUUGAACAUGUGAGACUCGCACCACGCGGUUCACAGGUCAGAGUUUACGCAUCUUGAAAGGCUGGUAGCUGUUAGCGGAUUGUUAUACGUGGCCAGGAGCACACUGUGUCCCUAACAUAAUGGACGAUCUGAAGGCACUGAUUGCAACAUACAACGAAAAGUUCAUGGCCGGCUUCAAGGCCAACGACAUGAAAGGUCUGGCUGACAUGUACACGGAGGACUGCAAGAUCAUGCCGACAGGAAUGGAAACUAUGAUCGGACGAGAGGGCCCAGUGCAGGUAUUUUCUGAUAUGUGGGACAACGGUGUUAGGGCCAUAGAUAUGGUGAUAGACGAAGUUGGGGCGAUGGGGAGUGACUUCAUCUAUGAGCGGAGCGCCUACACUAUGUUUGCAGAGGACGGUAAAGUAGUUGACGCUGGCAACCCGGACCGGGAGAAUGUGGUCAACAUGCGCGGUGUAACAGUCCUGCUACUGGUGUACGUGACAGGGGGCGUGGCCACGCAGUCGGAAGAGCGGCUGUUCCGGGACCUGUUCAGAGACUACAACAAGUGGAUCCGGCCAGUGGCCAACAUCUCUAACAUUGUCGUGAUCGAGUUCGGCUUGGCCAUCGCUCAACUCCUGGAUGUGGACGAGAAGAACCAGAUUAUGACAACAAAUGUGUGGCUAAAACAGAAAUGGAAGGACAGUAAGCUAUGCUGGGAUCCUGACGAGUACCACGGAGUCAGUGUCAUCCGUGUACCAUCCGACAUGAUCUGGCUACCGGACAUUGUACUAUACAACAACGCUGACGGGAACUACGCCGUCAAGCACAACACCAAAGCCCAGAUCAGCUCGGACGGCAUGGUGACCUGGGAGCCGCCUGCCGUCUACAAGUCCUCCUGCGAGAUCGAAGUCACCUACUUCCCGUUCGACCAACAGAACUGCUCCAUGAAGUUCGGCUCCUGGACGUACGACGGCUUCCAGAUCGACCUGAUGAUGAUGGACGACCACGUGGACCAGGGUGGCUUCUCCGAGAGCGGCGAAUGGGUCAUCAUCGACGCCCCGGGACAGAAGAACAUUAUCAAAUACGAGUGUUGCGAGGAAGUUUACCCAGAUAUUACGUUCUUUUUUGUUAUUCGGAGACUCCCUCUCUUCUACACCAUUAACCUCAUUGUGCCGUGUGCUCUGAUCUCCUUCCUCACAGUCCUGGUCUUCUAUCUCCCCUCCGACUGCGGAGAGAAGAUUACCCUCUGCAUUUCUGUGUUACUCUCUCUGACUGUGUUCCUCCUCCUGAUCACAGAAAUCAUUCCGGCCACUUCGAUCGUAAUCCCCGUCAUUGGAGAAUACCUCCUCUUUACGAUGAUAUUCGUCACCCUCUCUAUUGUGAUCACCGUGUUUGUGUUAAACAUUCACUACCGAUCACCGAGUACCCACCGCAUGCCAGUGUGGGUUCGAAAAAUCUUUAUCGAUAUCCUACCCAGAUUGCUCUGUAUGAAAAGGCCCCAAAAGACGGCCAAGCAGUUGUCAUUCAUGAACGAAUUCCGGGAUGUUAACGGCUUAGAACUAAAAGAAUCUGUAAACUUGGAAGAGAAGCAUAUACACCAUCAUCACCAACCUAAAACCAAAGCUGACGUGUACGAUUACGAGUCAAAAACCCUUCCGAGAAUGACCACGCCCAAAAUGAGGUCCAGGCAUGGGGCCAAGGUCAGCGUAACAAACGUGUCCGGCAACCCCGGUGUGGGUGGCGCCGAAAAAUACAACACGUGCGACUCCCGGCCGUCCCAGUCCCAAGCCAGGGCCCAGUUUCAGUCAUAUCAGUACUCUCCAGAUAUACUAAGGGCGGCCCAGGGUGUCAACUACAUUGCAGAAACCCUUCGAGCCAAGGACGAAGCCGACAGCGUGAACGAAGAUUGGAAGUACGUCGCCAUGGUGAUAGACCGGAUCUUCCUGUGGAUCUUCGUCUCCAUGUGCAUCCUGGGAACGAUCGGGCUGUUCCUCCAGCCGGUGCUAUUCGAAAUCACCGGCCUGAGGUCUUACUAGCAAGGCAAAAACAUGGCGCAGUAACGAACUCUCCUUGGCUAAUGAACCUUGACGUUUGUGCUCCUUAUGGGUAAUUAGGUGCAGACUUGGAGAUAAAAGUGUCGUCUCGUGAGGAACAGGCCGUCUUAUUUCUCGCUUGGAAGAUGGUCAGAAAACCGUAAUAGUAAGUAGCAUCCGGUAGUGCUCUGACGACGUCCUUAGGAACUGAAGCGGCAAGAUCAACAUUCGUUUAACAUGGAACUGUGAACGAGCAGAUGAGUCCCCAGCAGGAUCUAAGUACAACAUCGAUCACAGAACAUCCACCCGUCCUGAUUCAACCAGACCAGCGCCGGUCCGAAUCCACCUGAGUACAGCUGCCCGGGUACAGCCGCCCGGAUCAACCUCCAUGGUACAACCGCCGGGGAUAGCAGCCCGAAUCCACCUACCAGGUACAGCUGCCCGGGAUAGCGACCCGAAUCCACCUCCUGAGUAUAGCCGCCCUGGACAGCGGCCCGAAUCCACCUACCGGGUACAGCCGCCCGGGCACAGCUGCCCGGAUUCACCUCCUGAGUACAGCCGCAAGGGACAGCGGCCCUAAUCCACCUCCUGAGUACAGCUGCCCGGGUACAGCCGCCCGGGA